AAAGCCCCCACACUACGUCAGCUCCCUUUACAAAGUUUCCUUCCCUUUCUUUUCCCUAUCCCUUUUCUCUCUUCUUCCAUUAUUCACCCUCACCAAUUCACCAUUUCUCUCUCUUUUGCCAUGACGCAUUGAUGCUCUGAACCAGAGCUCAAGUUCUCAUACAGCAAUGGCGGAAAGACGUAAUAUUGGAUCAUUCUUCACCAAGUUCCUCUCUCUUUUCCUUCUUCUUCUCCACUUGGGUUGCUUCAUUUUCACCUCCAACACUACUCACCCACCCGGUACCAAGAAACGAAAAGGAUCAAAAGCUGCUCCUACCUCAUUAUCUCCUUCUCCAUCUCGCCUUAAAUCCCACAAAGCUCUCUAUUCUUCUUUGUCCUACAUUAAACGUAUCUUCUCUUCUAACAAAAACACCCCACAAACUCGCCCACCAUCACCGGCUUUAACCUCGGCAAGAUCAUCUCAGCAUUCUCUUGCCUCCAUGAUCCCACCUGAGCAUCAUCAAACUCAAACUUCAGACUUGCCUCCACAUGUCAAGCCAACUACUCUUUCAGGCUCAGAAUCCGACAUCUCGGUUGAUCAAACAUUUUUCCCUCUACGUAACGAUAUCUUUCCAUGCACAACUUGCGGCGAGAUUUUUCAGAAACCCCAUCUCCUUGAACAACACCAAGCUAUCAAACACGCUGUUUCGGAGCUCAUUGAUGGUGAUUCAGGUAAGAAUAUCGUUGACAUCAUAUUCAAAACGGGUUGGUCCAACAAAGAUAAGAACCCGGCAAUAAUUCGAAUCUUGAAGAUCCAUAACAGCCCAAAGAUUCUCUCAAGAUUUGAAGAGUACAGAGAGUUUGUCAAAGCCAAAGUCGCACGAAACGGCGCCGUCAGGAGGCGAGACGAGCGGUGCAUAGCUGAUGGUAACGAGCUGUUAAGAUUUUACUGCUCGACGUUUCUUUGUGAUUUGGGACUGAACGGGAAUUCCAGCAUUUGUAACCAGCAGUAUUGCAGUGUCUGUGGGAUAAUAAAGUCCGGAUUCUCGCCCAAGCUGGACGGAAUUUCAACACUAUCUACUAGCUGGAGAGCCCACGUGGCGAUCCCCGAAGAGAUUGAAGAGGAGUUCAAGUUCAUGAACGUGAAACGAGCAAUGCUGGUUUGCCGGGUGGUGGCGGGUCGGGUCGGGUGUGACUCGGACGAGGAUGAAUUGUCCAUAACGAAAGAGGAUGGCGGGUUUGACUCGGUCGUUGGGAGGGGUGCCAGUGGGGUCCAGACCAGAUUGGAUGAAGAAGAGCUGUUAGUUUUUAAUCCAAGGGCUGUACUUCCUUGCUUUGUGAUUGUAUACACCGUAUGAGUGAGUGAGUGAGUGACACGAGUGAGUCCAGUGAGUUAGUUAAAGUUAGCUAAAUCAGUGUGUUAAAAAAAGCUUCUGAUAAUGUUAAAAUGUAUGUAAUCUUAAUUAAUUUUUUGUUAAAAUUUUA